AUGGAGGUCAUUUAUGAAGAAGGUGAAGUGAAAAUCAUAGAGGAGGUUGAGAGUUGCUACACUCUGGAGGUCUCCUCACCCAAAAAGAAGAAAAAGAGCAAAGGCAAUGGAGACCACACUGACAAACCUAAGAAGCCCAGGUCUGCAUAUCUGCUGUACUACUUUGAUGUCCACCAGACUAUUCAGCAGGAGUAUCCAGACAUACCCCAGUCUGAGAUCAACAAAAGAAUCAGCGACAGCUGGAAAAGGCUGAAUGUUGCGGACAGAGGCUUCUAUCUCGAGAGGGCAAAGAUGGAGAAAGAGGGGAUGGACCCUAACACCCAGUCCACAGGUUCCUCUCAAGAUGUUCCAGGCUUCCGAAAAAUCCUCCCACGGGCAAACUUUGUGCUGUUACCCAAAGGCUCUGUGGGAGAGGACAGGUUUGGGGAUCCGGUUGAAGUUUGCAUGGAGGCUGGAGUGGAACCUCAAGGGGAGGGAAUUUUCAGCGAGGGGUUGGAGAACCGCACUCAGGAAGCAUUGCUUUCCUCAGGAACACUUGGGAAUGAGGUGGAACUAAGCGAACAAUGCAUUGCCAUUGAGGGGCUUAGCGAGGAGACGGCUAUUACUCUCGACCGAACCGGUGCACUCCAGGGAAUCUUAUCCCAGUAUUCCUCAAAAGCAGCUAGCUCUCAGGUUUCCACACACAAUCCCCAGAAUGCCACUCAGCUGAUGAAAGAUGAGGGGGCCAAACACAUUGGUGGAACUCACAGUGGUAUUGGCAUGGUCGUGGAGGAAGGACCUGAGGACGUCUCUUUGGUUCAGCCUGUUAAAGCAGAAGCCACUCAUCUAGUUGCCAUUAUACCCAAUCAGGAGCUUCUGGAAAACAAAAUCAUCCCAGCUGCUGCCAGUUCCAUUAUGAUGGUUCCUGUGAUGAGCAAUCUGAGAUCGGAGCCAAAACCCUCGUUCAAGCUGCCCAUAAAGUACACCAGGAGAGGACGAGGCAGUUGUAGCACACCCGGGUGUUCUUUCUCCUAUGUCACGCGUCAUAAACCACCACAGUGCCCUGACUGUGGGCAGCACCUGGGGGGCAAAUGGGUGGCCUCUGCAAAAAAAGCUCCAGAGAAGUCAGCAGUGCCUGGAAACAAACUGCCUCCAGGGAAACAAUCAAAAAACCAGAACGAGGAGUGCAAAUCCUCCGCUUCUACUGAGAUGGAACCACAACACACAGCAAACCCACCAAAUGAGGUCACAACGCAAACAGAGAGGGAGGAGAAAAAGACUGGACGCCCAACUAACCCUGUUAACGUCCGAGAUAAUGCCUCUCCCACAGCAGACAAGGACAGCACCUCAAGUGGUGACAAACUGGUCAGACCGAAAAAAGGGAAAGUUAGUUCACAAAAGACAACACCACCAGAUGGUGCCACAAGCAAAACUACUGCCGUUACACUCACUGAAGGAAAGACAGCUGUCAUAGGCCUGAGCAGCGGACGUGUGCGGGUUAUAGGUAAGGAGAAGAGCAGCAGUAGUUUGCGGAAGCGCCGCGUUCGUGCCAUUCUUCCUGCUCCUGCCAACCCCAGUCCAUCCUCUCAGGCCGCUAUUGUCCAGUGGAUAGCUGUUCCUCCGAAUAAAUUAAAAGACGAGAUCAAAAUUAACAACAGAAUAGCCAAAUCCACAAACGACAAGGUCGCAGCCCUGAAACCCAGCACACUCAAACAGCUUGGACACACUAUAAUGCCAAAUCCCUUAGAACAGCAACCUACUCAGAUCAGCAGCCACCAGUACAUUGUCACCGAAAAUGGAGUGAAGAUUCUGUCAGUGAUUCCCUUCAAAAACAGCUCCAGCUCUUCUUUGUCAUUGGGUUUGUCGACAGCCCGAGGCAGAGGAAGAUGUAAAAACCCUUCCUGUGAUUAUAUUUAUAAGAACAGACACAAGCCUCAACACUGUCCCAACUGUGGCUGGGAGCUGACGAAAAAAACUGCCAAGAGAGCCAAAAUGGAGACGGAUCCUGAGUCCGUGGCGGCUUCGGCGGCUCUGCUGGACCCGUACCAGCCCCUGGGCCCGGCUCAGAGAGAGAUCCAGCGACAGUCCACCCUGCAGCUGCUUCGAAAGAGCCUGCAGAUCCCUGAGAGCGAAGCGGAGCUGCAGGACGUGCUCGACCUGAUACAGGAGCUGAAUAAAACCCAGCCUGCCACGGGAGGAGAAGGAGAGGGAGAGAGAGACGGAGAUGCCCAGCGUAUGGGCUGGCCAAGCUUCUAUGAGCCAGCUGCUACUCACUGCACUCUCUGCCACUACCCUCUGUUUAAGGGAGACAAGGGGUCCGUGGCAGGACAGGAGAACUGCUGGUUACUGAGUGACUCCGGCAUUCAGACCGCCAGUGUUCAGCUGAAGAUCUGCAUGAACCUCCAGUGUCUGGCCCUGCACAGUUUUACAGACCUGCAUCCUGGUCUGUUUAAUGUGGGCAACAAGCUGCUUGUGAGUUUGGAUCUAUUCUUUAAGAUCCGUAACCAGAUCCGACUGGGUCAGGACCCAGCACAAGCCGCUCUUAUCAUUCUCGACCAUGUUCAGAAACAGUCAGCCUGUGCGCUGAGCUCAGAGGAGGUGACUCAGGUCCAGGAGCUGUUGUGUAGUGGGUAUUGGGCUUUUGAGUGUUUGACGGUGCGUGACUACAAUGACAUGAUUUGUGGAGUGUGUGGCAUUGCACCCAAGAUAGAGAUCGUUCAGCGCAAUUCCAGAAAUGUUCUGCAGCUCAAGAAUGUGGAGUUCACUUGGCCAGACUUCCAGACAUGUGAUGAGGUACACGUGGAUGAGUUUUGGCUGACAAUGGAGAAUGAGGCUCUGGAACAGGCUGUGUUCCCCUCCAGUAUUCCCAUCACUCGUUUCGAUGCCUCCAUCAUAGCUCCCUUUUUCCCCCCACUCAUGAGAAACACGCUCGUCAUCAACACAGAAAAGGAUAAGAUUGUUCAAGAUGCACCACAGAAAGGAGACGCAUCCAUGCUGGUGCGGCUGAUCCAUGAGGGUCUGCUGAAGCCUGAGCAGAUAGACCAACACACUGAAGCUGAACUCAGACACGUCCUGGAGAAAUGUGGCAUUCCUGUCACACCACACUGCACUAAGGAUGAUCUCUUGGUGUCUGUCUGCUUUCUGUACACACAUGUACAAAAUGGACUGGCCACAGCUCCUCAGCCACCUGAUCACCUGACAGCAGGCAAACUCAGCAAGAUCUGUCCACACCAGGUGGUUUGUGGCUCCAAGUACAUGGUGAGAAGAGAGAGCGCCCGGGACCACGUGGACCUGUUAAUUUCAUCACGUUUUUGGCCUCCGGUUUAUGUGACAGACUGCGCCCAGAAAGUGGCGCUGUGCACGGAUGUGCAGUACCCUGAGCUGGCAUCACAGAUGUGGGGAAGGAAUCAGGGCUGUUUCUCCGAUCCCAUGGGCAAAGCAGAGUACGUAUCGUGUACGGAGCUACAGGAUCAGCAGUACAGCGUGGACCUCUCGGAUGUAGACAAUUCCCAGGCGCAUCCCAUUACCAAGUCCCCAUCCCGCUGGGUAGUACACCAAGGCGGGAGGGGCCAGGAGCAGGAAAACCCUGGACAUGACCCCCACCAUGCAAUGACGCUGUGCAAGGAACUGGAGCCUUACGUCAGCCUAGUGGCAGAGCUAAUGGAAGAGAGAGAAGAAGAUGAACCGGACAACACCUCCUCUCCCACCGCCAUGAGACGCAAAGCGCUCACCUUCGAGAACGCCGCUUACUACUACCUGUACAACCGGCUGGUGGAUUUCCUGAGCAGCAGGGACAUAGUUAGUCAGCAGAUCAUGGAGGUGUUGAAAGUGUGCCAGCCAGGAGAGGUUGUGAUCAGAGACGCCCUCUACAGGCUGGGAGUGGCACAGAUCAACACUGAGCACGAGGAAAUGGGUGAGAUUCAGGAGAGAGAUUCAGACCAAGUCGGGGAGGAGGUGGUGCUGCAGUAACUGGAGGGAAGGACUGUUUACUGCGGUGCAGAAGAAUGUUCCGGAUGACUGAGAAACAUGAUGUGAAGUAAAAAGACACAGAGGCUGUGUG